AUGGGCGCUAAAAAUACGUUACAACAUCAAGAAAUAAGCCUUGGAAAAUGCGGAAUAGGUGAAAUUGAUGAUCACAUUCAAAUAACUCUGCCAUUAAUAAAUGAAGUAGUCAUAAACUCAAGAGCUUUAAAGCAUUCAGCAGACUUAUUUAAAGCCUCAGUUGGGCUAUCCUUGCCUUGGAUUUAUAAGUUAGCUCCUUGCUAGCCAUAUCGACUUUUCACAUCAUUUGCUUCACUCUAACCUUACUUGGCAAUCCGAUUACGCAGCCUGAAGGCAUGUGUUGCUCCCUCAGGACGAGGUCUUGCAUUCGUAGCCCGGACGCUGAGUUCCUGCACCUUACGUCAACAGAGCUGCACGAAAAUUAAAAUGUAAAAUUUUCUGGUUAGAGAAAUUGUUGCCAAAUACACAAUUCCUGGUAUCGAGUUAAGAAAAUGCUCAAUUGGCUAAACGAAUACUCUCUAGCCUUGCUAGGCUAUCCCUUUUCAACUUCCAAGCCCCAUCUUCCCUCAAGGUAAAACCUUGCCUGGAUGUGGCUUGCGGUCGGUCUACCUGACAUCUCGCUCCACCAGAUAAACUAAAACUGGACACUCUCACCGUACGCUACUCUCUCUUCCGCAAGGUCACAGACAUCCAUCUGGCUACAGGUGUUACGAGGACAGACUGAUUAACCAUUUUUAAGCAUCAGUUGGGCUAUCACAAAAAAAAGAAAGCAUGAUUUUCGAUACUACGCUGUUUAGGCCAAAUGCAGCAGUAUUUAUAUUUUAUACAGUAAAAAAAACUAUUUUUAUGAAUUAGUAAGGAUCCCCCCCUCAUUUGUCGAAUUUUCUAGUUUUUUUUUUCUAACUCCCCCCCCUCCGUGAGUGAACAAAACCAUUAGAAAAAUAUUUAUUUUUUGACCAAAAACCCACCCUCAGUGAACAAAAAACUUUUUAAUAGAAAAAUUUUUUAAGGAAAAAAAUUUGAUAUAUAAGUGAUAAUUAGUAUAAUGAAAUCUAGAGCUAAUUCUGUUUCAUUUUAAACAAAUUGCGUUUUAAAACAUAAAUUUUUAUUAAUUAAAUUAAUAUUUGCUUCCCAAUUUUUGCAUCCCAAUUUUUGCAAAUUAGGAUAUUUUUAAAUUACGAAAAAAAAAUUUUUUAUAAAAUUUAUAUAUAAAUUUUUUAAAAAAAAAAAAUUAAACCCCCUCCGUGAGUGAACAAAAUAUUUUGUUCACUCACGGGAGUGGGGGGGGAGUAAGAAACAAAAAAUUUCAGGACCUCAUUUGUCCCAAAAUCUAGUCAAAUUUAUGCUUAUUUGCUUUUCUGCAAGCUGCGAUGGAGAUUUUUCAAAAAUUAAUUUAAUUCAUUCAGAUGCAUUCCCUUAUAUUGAGUUGAAUAAAGAAUUGCUUACUCAUAACGUAUGCUAAAUAUGUUUUUAAUAUAUCAAAUUGUAUAUUUUUUUUAAAAAAAUGGUUUUUAGAAUAUUGGUGAGUUAAAGAUGAUUAUUGAAAUAUCUAUGAUAAUUGGCUCAAUUUCUGCACAGUGCUUAAAGAUGCUGACAUACUACUAACUCAACUUUCUCUUUAUUUAUAUCAUUUUAAAAAAUCUGAAUGCUACAAAUUAAUUAAUUUGCAAAAAUUUUUUAUAAUGAAAGUUGCAUUAUUAUUUAAUAGAAUUUUUGGCGAAUUUAUUAUAAUAGCUAUCACGGAUGUCAAAAUAAUUUUAUAAAAUCUUUAUGUUAGCCCUCAGGGUGGUUUUUGCCAUAAAUGAGGAUUUUUCCAAUAAUUAGUUGCUUAAGGAUGUAAAUAAAGAAGUAGAUGUAGAUGAAUUCGAGAAAAAAUUUAACCCAGAAAACUUACCUGGAUGGCAAAAAGCAAAACUGCUAGCUUGAUGCAUAUUUAAUGUUGGGAAACUAAAAAAGCUUAUGAACGUCGGAGAAGAAGUCCGGAGAAUUCGGGCUGAAAUACAGAUAAAGGAGAUACCAAGUUUUAUAAGUCAGAUAUUUGAAAAUGACCUUGAAAUAGUUUGUGAAGCUGGAAGAGAAGCUGUGCAUGAGGAUUUCCAUAAUCCAGAAGGAAUUUGCGAUAAAUUUUGGCCAAGAUUAAGAUCUGUUCCAAUAAUGCAUGAUGAAGAACUUUCUCAUCACAGUCAUCAUUAUAACCCAAGUAAUCAUUAA